AUGUUUUUCCUCAAUUGCAAGUUUAUAGGGCCAGACCCCUACAUGAGACACUCCGGCUGCCCCAACGCGGGUCUCUACCCCAGACAGGACAGCCCGUCGCAGCCCCGGCCGUCCCCCACUGGAUCUCUGGCCAACAGCCCUCCGGGAACCUGCUCGCCCGCAUUCAGACCCCUGCAGCACCCCUCGCCCCGACCCCCGCCUGACCCCCCCAAAGUCACCCACGAGCAGUUCAAGGCCGCGCUGCAGAUGGUGGUGGAUAAAGGAGAUCCGCGCUCGUAUCUGGAGAACUUCGUGAAGAUCGGCGAGGGUUCGACGGGUGUGGUGUGCAUCGCCCGCGAGAAACACAGCGGACGGCUGGUGGCCGUCAAGAUGAUGGACCUCAGGAGACAACAGCGCAGAGAACUUCUCUUCAAUGAGGUGGUGAUUAUGAGAGAUUACCAGCACAGGAACGUGGUGGAGAUGUUCAAGAGCGCUCUGGUGGAGGAGGAGCUCUGGGUCAUCAUGGAGUAUCUGCAGGGAGGAGCUUUAACAAACAUCGUGUCUGAGACCAGGCUGAGCGAGGAGCAGAUCGCGACCGUGUGUGAGGCUGUGCUGCAGGCGCUGGCGUAUCUCCACUCGCAGGGGGUCAUACACCGAGACAUCAAGAGCGACUCCAUCCUGCUCUCGCUGGACGGACGCAUCAAGCUGUCAGACUUUGGCUUCUGCGCUCAGAUCAGUAAAGAUAUCCCGAGGAGGAAGUCUCUGGUGGGAACGCCGUACUGGAUGGCCCCGGAGGUCAUCUCCAAAUCACCGUAUGGAACAGAGGUGGACGUUUGGUCUCUGGGCAUCAUGCUGGUGGAGAUGGUGGACGGAGAGCCUCCGUAUUUCAGUGAGACGCCGGUGGCUGCCAUGAAGCGUCUGAGAGACGAGCCGGCGCCCACCGUACGCAACGUUCAUCAGGUGUCCCCGGUGCUGAAGGACUUCCUGAAGCGCAUGCUGACGCGGGAUCCGCUGGAGCGGGCCAGUGCCACAGACCUCCUGGAGCACCCCUUCCUCCUGCAGGCCAGCUCUCCGCAGUGCCUGGUGCCCCUGGUGGAGCAGUACCGCAAGCGCAUGUCCCGCUGCUGAAGCCUCCGCUUUUCUGGCCUGUCGGAGUCACAAGCACCACGUUCCCCGGAGCAAUCACGACUGAGAUGGCUGUUUUAUGAGAAAUGAACUCUAUAAAGCCAUUUUCUUCUACCUGAGGACGUCUCAUUGGUGCUUAAAAGGCGGUGAAUCAGAGCAGAAGUGCGUCUGACUGAAAUGCCACUGGGUUUUAUGUUCUGUUCGAAGCGUGUUAUCGUGACUCACAUCGAAUCUGUGGCCGCAGAGACCUGGAACAAGCCCCAUUCAUCAGUUUCAUGAAUGCUUGUGUUCGUAUAUAUCGAAUAUUUUACAAUGCUUUCAUAUAAUGAUCUCACUUUUGGUUUUUACUGCUGCAAAAACUUUAUUAUCGUUAACAAUUUACAAUAAGGUUCUAUUAGUUAACAUGAGCUAACACUAAAAAUUCUUC